AUGGAUUAUCAGGUUGAUACUUUCUCACUUGGCGGAAGCCGAACGUUGAGGGUGAUGGCAAUUCCAGCCGUGGUGGGACCGCGCACACUGACAGAAUCAUUGAAGCUGGGAAGUUCAGACCUGAGAUUUACUUUGAGUCGAAACGAUGUACCAGACGACAUGCAGGCACACUUCUUUGAGAAUGGUGUUACAAGCGUUAGCAAGUUCUCUUCAUUUUUUCGAGAUGAAACAGAUCUUGUCAAUGUGCUGAGAGAUGAGUUCAAUGUGGAUGCUGCGAACGCUUUAGCAGACCGUGCAAAGGUAGCUGCAGUGAUAUGUUCAUGGAAAGACACGGUGACAAAGGCGAAACGUCAGUCAGAGGUUGAGGCAGAGAUGAAUUCCAGAGAAUGGACCAAACCCAUUCCAGUUGGAGACUACGUACAGCUCAAGAACUUCUUUCAGACUUCAGUUGGACAUGUGGAAGAUCGAGUCAUGCCUUCAAAAGAAUAUUUAGAAAAGAAACUGCAAGAGCUGGAAAAUGGUGAGUUUCGAGCUGAGACCUUGUCAGAAGUGGUUUCGAAGGAUGAAAUUGAUCCAGAUGUAUUGGUUCCAGUUUUUGACAGCAAAGGAAGUUUGUCAGUGAAGAAGGGAAGCACCACAGUGGCGAUGCCAACAGGACCGGAGCAACUUCGCCGUCGCCUCAGUGUCAUGCAGAACUGCUUGAUGAUGUUAGCAUUGAAAUACGUUAGCAGGGAGGAAAUCCAAGAUGUUACAAAAGACAUAUUUGAUCGAUACAAAGACUACAUCUUGGGUGACUAUGUAUGGGGCUUGAGUUCAACUGACUUGAAUGGACAGCAGAUUCAGACACCUCCCUGGAGUUUGGUGCUUUCAUACGAACAUGCUGUGAGAAAAAGGGCAUACAGCCUUAUGUUGACGGAGCGCCUGAUGCUGGGAGCGGCACUGGAGAAGGCUUGGAAGUGUCCAACAACAAAAGAGAGGCAUUUCAUUACUCCUUUGGCUUUGUAUUCAAAACGUGCUUACCCGCAGAACAACAACCAGAAUGCAGGUAACUGGAACCCAAAGGGUAAAGGAAAGGGAAAAUCGAAGUCCAAAGGAUUUCAGAAAGGGUCUGGACAAGGACCGGAUGGUGAGAAGAUUUGUUACAGGUUCAAUGCUGGAAAGUGCAACUAUCAGAAGAAGCUUGCCGCUAAGUGGCAUUUGAAGGUACAGAUUGACAUGGUGGACAUCAAGGUUUGCAAAGCUGUGAGAAAAGAGGACGCAAUACUGGUUUUUGAGAACCCAGAGGAUCUUGGGGCAGUGCAACAUGGCCCAUUUGAGGGACUGAGACCUGCAAGCAUGUGGCAAUGGCCGAUUUUUUGGGAGUUGAUUGAAUCUGGUGAUUUUCUGACGUGCGCGUUUUAUCAACAAGACUUUGGAACUGACUAUUUGAAACCGACGCGCCUCUUGCUAAAGAACGUGGAGGUGGAUGCAGACCUGUUCAAGGUGGGCGAGCCAUGUUUUGAUAGUCAAGGUUUUUAUGCGGGCCCACUCAGCAAGCGUCCAGCCACAGUGGCGCUUAAGGGCAACAUGCAGGAGCAGACAUCUUGGAAGCUUGAAGAUGAUCCCUAUAUGAAAUCUGAAGUAUGGAGGGAUAACUAUGAGUCGGUAGGCGACCACGAGAGCUUUGUGAGACAACAAUUUGAUGAUGAAUGCAGUGAGGGUCUUAUGGAGAAGCUUACACUGGAGGAAGCCAAACAACGCUUUGGUAUCCGUUUGGUACAUGAGUUUUUGGGGCCCGAGAUGCCGAUAGAAAUGCUCAUCUUUGCAGAUGACCUGGAAUCUUUAGGGCGGGUCACGGCCAAAGAGAUGGAGCAGGGUUUGGGAAGGGAUUUAAAUCAGCUUGCAGACGACCUGACCAAUCAAAAGUUUGACUCUUUCCCUUCAGACAAGCGUAUACAGUUUGUUGGCGGUGACACCAAGUGGUUGGUCUUGGACAGCCUUAUGCACAAAGCACAGGAGUUUCACGAAGAGCUGGCUAGGGAAAAGAAACGAAAGAGUUCAAACCCGAAACCAAAGAAAGCCAGUAAGAAAAGAAAGAUGGAGCCGUGGUGA